AUGAUUGAUAAUACUUAUUAUAUUACUCCUCAUGAGACGGCAUUAGCGGUUGUUGCAACUGCUAUGAAAAAAGCACGACUUCAGCUGAACACCCUAGUUAUUAACUCUAUUGUGGGUGCGGUGUUGUUCAGUACAGGUGGAAUGCUUUACUUAGCAGGGCAUGCUGAUAAUCGUAACUUAGUGGAGAGUAACCCAGGGUUGCUGAACUUUUUAGGAGGGGCCACUUUCGGAAUCGGUCUGUUUUUUGUUGUAAUUAAUGGUGCAGACCUAUUCAAUUCAAAUAUUCUGUUCUUUAGCGUUGGGUUGCUUCGUAAUGCAAUUUCAAUAUAUGACCUACUAAUUUCAUGGAUCGUCAGUUGGAGUUGUAAUUUUUUAGGUACGUUGUUCAUUUGUUAUGUUAUAUGCCAUCUCUCAGGUGUCACAUCAUCGGCUGAUUGGAUAAAGGCGUCACAGCAAAUAGUGGAAUCUAAAGCAUCCCAUUCUGGUGUACAAAUUUUCAUCAGAGGAAUUGCUGGUAAUUUUUACGUGUGCCUUGCUGUCUAUUUCCAAAUGAUGGUGAAACCGAUCCAUGUUAAACUAAUUGUCAUGUGUAUACCUAUUUUUACAUUUGUGUCUAUGGGAUUUACUCAUGUUGUAGCAGAUAUGUACCUAAUCCUAAUGGGUAUGAUAAACGGAGCCGAUUUAUCUAUUGGGAAAUUCAUUUGGAAACUUUUGAUCCCUGGCACAUUUGGUAAUAUCGCUGGUGGGUUUAUUUUUGCCGCUGUGGUACCUUUUUAUCUUCAUUUGGUUGUUGUAGAGAGGGACCGAAAGAAGUUAUUAUUACCAGAGUAUGAAAUACGAGAUGAACAGCCAGAAUUAAAUAUAGAUUCAAGGGUUGUACGUGUCUCCGAUGAGGAAACUGAAGAGAAGGGAGAGGAGGAAGAAAAGUAUUUGAGCUCUAAUAAUCAUACUUAUACGUCUAGCUCAGUGGAGAAUGUAAAUUCUCAAGAGUUAUCGCAGCAUUUAUUACCUUUAUCGAAAAUAUCUUCUAGAAAGCCUCAUAUAUCAAGUGCUAACCAGAGAGGGAAAUGUAAGAUUAGAUCUCCGCCAGGUGUCUUCCCGGUUAAAGGUAUGGCAGAGCCACUCUCCAGAGAAAGGACCAUCGCAAACAUAUAUUCAACAGAACAUGCUCAAAUUGAAAUAGAUGAUAAGUCGAUAGAGUCUGAACAUGCAAAUAAUCUAAAGGAUGAUGGGUGUUCGAGGAACUUGGGGAUGCCUUCAAACAGUAAUGUCACACUUUCAUCAAGUGAUUAUAACGGCCUUCUAGACCAGACUGAACACACAAGGAUAUAUAAAGUCAAAUCAUCCGCUUCUAGGAAUAUGACUACCGAAGCCGCUCAUGCAAAAGAAGAGGCAGAGUAUACUCUUGCAGGUGGCUUCAACGUUCGGGAGCAUACUUUGGGCGCCAAACUACAAAGAGUUGUGUCUCAAAUUACUUCCCAUGAUAAGUCGCAAAAUAUUGAUAAUAAUGAACCAAUUUUACCACUCACGUCGCCAGAUCUGCAUACUGUAAAUCAAACAACAUCAGACAUGAAACAUGUUCAGCGGAGCCAUUCUUUCAGCCAAUUAAUCAAGACAAUUAGCAAACCACUAUUUCUUACAAAAGCUCCUCAUGAUGUUGUAGAAAUUCAUAGGAAGUUCUCCGAGGCUGGUGUUACCUCAAUUGCUGCUAACGCAGCAGACAACAUAGCCGGUAUUGACAACUAUGACGGCAUCGAUUUACCACACAGUAACUCACCAUUUUACAAACAACAAGUAAACAGUUUGUCCUACCCUGCCCCUGCUGCAGACCCAUACGGCACUCAGCUAUUACAUGAUUCUAUAAAGUUAGCGUCUGGAAGGAGACUCUCUUAUUUUAGAAGCAUGGUAAGAGUGGACAACGAUGAUUUCGAAGAACAGAGUACAUAUGAAUGCCAAAUAAUCACCGAAAACAAUGGCUCUUCUGCCCGACAGAAUGAAGCUGCGUUAGUCACACAUAAUAUACCUGCCAAGCAUAAUUACAAGAUCUAA